CCAACAUAACCUAUUUUGUCAGUGUCAGUGUCAAUUAUUUGACAGCAUAAUAAUAAAUAAACUGAGGCAGUUAGUCAAGUGUUGUAUUUUUGGUGGUUCCAUUCUAUUCACAUAAUGGAAGACAACAAAAAGCAAGCUUCUUCUACAGAGUCAUCUUCUGGCUCGACCAGUGAUUCUUCUAGCUCCAGUUCUUCUAGUAGUGGAAGCGAAAGCUCUUCCUCAUCAGAUUCUGAUUCUUCCUCUUCUCAAGCGUCGACAAAAGUUUCAGAGACAAAGAAAUCUACACCUGUCCAGAAAAAUGUAAAACGUAAUUCAGACACUGCAAAACAACCGCAGUCGAAUCUUAAACAAGAUAAUAAACCCUUGACUAAACAGAAGCCUGUGCUUCCAAAGCCUUUAAAACCUACUGUUAAGAUUGAAAUUUCUUCUACUGAUGAUGAAGAACUUCAUAAACCAGGUAAUAUUUCAAAACAUUCCACCAAAAAGAAAACUAUAACAAAGCCAAAACCUUCUACCCCUUCUGGAAAUGUGAAUAAAACAGAGCCUUCAAGAACCCAACCCAAAACACAGCAACCAUCUAAUAAACCCUUUGGGAAAUCCAAUGAAGUAUCAAAGAACAAUCAGCAUAAGUUAUCAUCUAACACAAAAGUUUCCGACAAAGAUGAUCCCAAUAAAAAAAAGAGUAUCUUUUCUCCUGAAAAUAGUUCUGAGGAUUCAGAAGGUACAUCUAAAGUUAUAUCCACACAGAAACCUGUGAACAAAGCUCCCAAAAGGUUUCCUCCUAAAGUCCCUGAUCAAACUGUUAAAAAAAAUAAAAAACCACAGAAUCACCAAAUUGAGAGUAACUCUGUCAGUUCAGAGGAUAGAUCCUCUUCAGAUUCGAGUAGCAGUGAUACUGAUAGUAGUGAACCAUCUAUAAAAAAAGUUAAGAAAAAUGAUCCUAAACCUAAAUCAUGUAAGCAAAACCAGAACAGUAAUACAGAUUCUGAAAAUGAUACGAAUGACUGUAAAAAAACGUUGAGAAAAUCAACAAGGUCUGCAAAUACCAGAAAAUCAAAACAUGUGCUAGGAAAAAAUGUCUAUUCAGACACGGAUUCUGAUACUGAGAGCACAAAAAGAUCCUCUAGUCAUUCUCCAGUUAAAAAAGCACCAGUAAGCAGUAAAGGAAAGGCAAAAAAGAAAUCAGACAAUGCGGAGAAUAAAUCUAGAGCAAAUGAUAUUCUCAUUGAAGAAAGGACAUGCCCUUUGGAAAGUUGUAAUAGUUUGGGUCAUAUUUCUGGUAAAUUUGCAAAACAUUUUACUUUAGAGGCAUGUCCAAUGUAUCAUAAUAUGUCUCCAAGUCAGUGCAAAGAAGAGAGUAUUGAAAGGAAAAAGAGAGAAGAUAACAGGAAGAGAAUAUUGGAUAUAUUUAAGAAGUCCCAAAAGGCUACAAUUCUUCAGGAACAAAAGCAAAACUUACAGCAAAUCAGAGAAGCAAGGUCAAAAUUUGAGUAUAUUCUCCCAGACGAAAGUAAAACAUCGGAUACCAACAGAGAACCUAUUUUAGAUGGUUUUGUACCUGACUAUGAUUUGAAGCUUUUCAAAGACGCACAGGCUAUUGCCGCAGAAAAAAUCGAAGAAGAUCUCAAGACUCAACCUCAUACAAAGGCAACUAAAUAUAUAGAAAUGGGAAAAUACGAGAUGGAGGUUUGGUAUCAGAGCCCCUACCCAGAGGACUUCACCAGAUUGCCCAAACUGUACAUAUGUGAGUUCUGUUUGAGGUACAUGAAAUCUCGAACUGUCUUGAUGAGACACAUAGUAAAAUGUGUGUGGAGGCAUCCUCCCGGUGAAGAGGUUUAUCGCAAAGACAAGAUUAGUGUGUGGGAAGUCGAUGGGAAGAAGUAUAAGCAGUACUGCCAGAAUUUGUGUUUGCUAGCAAAGUUUUUCCUAGAUCAUAAAACGUUGUACUAUGAUGUGGAACCAUUUUUGUUUUAUGUAAUGACAAUCUAUGAUACAGAAGGAUGUCACACAGUUGGAUAUUUCAGCAAGGAAAAGAAUUCUUUUCUGAAUUACAACGUCUCCUGUAUCCUCACUCUACCGCCAUACCAAAGGCAGGGUUACGGCAGGCUGUUGAUAGAUUUCAGUUAUCUUCUGACCCGAGUGGAAGGCAAAAUAGGAUCUCCAGAGAAACCUCUCAGCGAUCUCGGUCUCAUCUCGUACAGAUCCUACUGGAAAGACGUGCUGCUGGGUUACCUGUGCGCCAAUUCGAAUCCGGCCCUGUCGGUUAAGGACAUCAGCGCGGAAAUGGCCAUAUCUUCGUACGAUAUCGUGUCCACGUUGCAAGCCCUCGGCAUGAUGAAAUACUGGAAGGGAAAACAUAUCAUCUUGAAGAAGCAGGACGUUAUUGAUGAAUACGUCGAACGGACGAAACGCCGCACUACGGCCCUGAAAGAGGUGGACAGGGCCUGCCUCAGAUGGAAUCCCCCCCAACCCGCGUCGGUUUGAGAUAUUGGCUCGAUUUGCUCAGAAAGAGGAUGAAAAAACCAUAGAAGGUUUUGGAGAAAGGAUAUUUUGAAUGAUUCAAUUCAAUGUAUUCUGAGGUAGAGAGAAACCUUUCCCAUCUUCAAGGAAUGAACGAUUGCAAUAAUACGUGAUAAUGAAAAAGACGCUGUUUUUUAGGUGGUUUCCGCCCUGAAAUGGGAUUUUAAAGCAAAUGUCGAUAAGUUGUAAGAUAGGUUGUAGUUUAGAAGAAUAUCCUGUAAAGAGUACAAGAAGAAUGGAUCAGUAUUAGUAUAGGAAAAACUGAUAAGCUGUAUUUGAUAACUGUUCCUCCUAUUUAUGUUUUUAGUUGAUUCAUAUUGUAAUAUUUUAUUUACUGAAUAAAUUAUGGACAAUU